CACUGCUACGUAUAAAAAAAAUUACUCUGUUUUUACGUUAUAUACGGUCAUACUGUCCAAAAAAAUGUUCAUAUUCUUAUCCAUCCAUAUCCGUCUAUCUAACACCGGUGAUCAGUGCACAUGUUGUACAAUUCUACUUAAGUUGUUUAAAAAUUUUGUUUUAAUUAUUACGUUUAAAAAUCAAAGUGUCAAAAUUAUUGUUUUUCCACGAAUGUUUAAUUUAUAGUCUCACAUACGGAUCAUUGAGAACUUAAAUAUCGAAUCAGAUUGUAAAGAAAUAUGGCAACAGAAUAUGAUGAAGUUAAAAUUAAUAUACGGAGCUUGUUAACCAGCUCACAAAAACCUCUAAGUAUUCAGGAGGUCCAAAAAGAUUACUAUGAACAAGAGGGAAAGUAUAUACCUUAUAAAAAUUUAGGUUUUAAUUCAAUUAUUGAAUUACUUCAAAAUAUGAAUGAUGUACUUGUUGUACCUCCAAAUCCAAAUUCAAAUUCUAUGUUAUCUCUUGUUGUAGAUGAAAAAACUAAUCAUUUAAGAAUGCUUAUUGAUAAACAAAAAUCAAAUUUUAAAAAAAAAAAAGGAAAAUCAAACCUAAAUAGACCUUAUGAAAAUGCAUGUGGAAAUAAUUCAUUUGGUGGUGUUAUGAAAAAUAAUAAUUAUAAGAGGAAUAAGUUUCAAAAUACUAAGAGUUACAAUUAUAGAUCUUCUUCACUAUCUCCAAAAAAUAGUCAAAGAAACUGUGUAUCUUUGUCAAACAGUAGUAUAAGUUCCAAUUUAGAUAGAAAUUACUCUAGCCAAAAUGGAUUUAGCAGUAUUGGUUAUGUAACAGAUAAAUUACGAUGCGAUUUAGAAAGAUACAUAUCUGAAAAUGGAAUGAUUAUACCAUUCAAUAAGUUAAAAGAGUUGAUAGUAAAUCAUCCAAACUUUUCAUAUUUAAAAGCAACAUGUAUACAAGAUGUAAUUGAUUUAGUUCAAGAUUUUCUUAGUAUAAAUGAAAAAGGAGUUUCGUUGAAACAUAUUAGUAACACGAAAACUAAAAAUAAUAUCCCCUUAAUCUAUCAAAUUUCAGAUAAACUUACAAACACAGUAACAAAUACAUCAAACUCAUUUAAAAAUUAUCAACAAAAUAAUUUAUUAUCUAGUUCAUUGAUUGUAAAUAACAGUUCCAAUAACAAUGAUAAAAUUGUUAAUUCAAAAUCAUGUGAUUAUGAGUGUGAUGAUAAAGUUGUUGUGUCUAAUUUGAUUGAAAGUUUAAAAAAAAAUGAACAUGGAGUACAAGAUUCUUUCAAAAAUAAUUUGAAAAAUGUUUCUCAAAACAAUGAAGUUGCUAAUAAAAUGUUUGGGUCUGCUGAAUUUAUAGAAAAAUGUGCAGAGCAAAAAAUGAUUAGAAAACUUCAGGAUGAAAAUAGUAUUUAUAAUAGAGAAAAUUUAAUAAAAAAUAUUGAAUUUGUAAAAAGACAAACAGGAAUGAGACAAAAUCAAAAAUCUGAAAGUAGAAAUUUAAAUGUAUCUAGUUCUUCAAAUUAUCUGAAUAACACAAAUUCUUUGGAAAAUUUAGAAACAUCAUUUUCUUAUUCUAUUCAAAAUAAAAAUAGUGAUGUUAAAAGUGCUGAGAUAUCAUUGAAUAGAUAUCAGAGUAUUCCUAAAGGAGUGCUACUCAACAUUGCAAGAAUAUUUGAAAAAUAUGAUAAAGGUGUGAAUAUUGAAAAUUUUAAAUUUAUUUAUUCUAAAAUGUACCACACUAUAUUUGAUUCAACUUCUUAUGGUUUCUCUUCUACCAUAAAAAUGUUCAUGGUUUUAGAUCGAUUUAUAGACAUACGAAAUAAUGUGUUGUACACAAAACAUAAGCUACCAUAUUCUACUAUAUACAGAGAUAUAUAUUCAACAGAUGAUAAUAAUCAAUCAACACAAGAUGAUAUUAUUCACAAUAUUUUAUCAAAUAAUAAUCAGAAGAUUGUAUUACAUAUAGAUCAGCAAUUAUUUCAUAAAGAAGAUUCUACAUCAAUGAUUUUAGUUGAAGCAUAUAAUCCAAGUUUAUUUUUUUUACGAUUAGCUUAUAAAGAUGUAGAACUUGAGCGUUUAACAAAACAAAUGCAAUAUUUUUAUACUGAAAGCAAAAGUGAUUAUUAUAUUGUUCAACCAGAACACAUUGCCCCAGGUUUGAUUUAUGUUACAUCUUAUACUUCAUAUAAAAAUUGUAGUCAAUGGCAUAGAGUUAAAAUUUUAAGAGAAGUUGAUUCAAAAACUGUUCAGAUAAUUCAUGUAGACUAUGGUACUGUGGAUAAUAUACCAAAGACUGAAUUGAGAUUCUUGAAUGAUGUAUUUGGUAAUUUACCAUGUCAGGCAAUACAUUGCUGUUUAACUGGAUAUAAUGAGCUUGAAACAAUUACUCCCGAAGUUACAGAAGCCUUUAUAAAUUGCAUUUCUAAUACACAAUUUGCAGUUCAAGUCGAUAACAAUUUUAUAUUGAAUAAACAAUGUCAAAUAUUACAUGUGACUUUGACUAAAAAAAGAUCAAAAAAUUCAAAAUUAUUGACAAAUAUUAAUAACGAAAUUACUAUAGGACACCUGAAAUGUCAAUAAGUAAAACAUGUCAAUUUUCAAAAUUGAACGAAGAAGGGUUUGCGGUGAGUUACUCUAGAUUUCCCAGGCAAAACGUUAGCUUUUAUCCAUUACUUUUCUGAAACUGUUAAUUUUCUUAUUUCUUUUAUUUGUUUUUAUUUUGCCGUACAUGAAUUGUAAGAAUUGUCACGUUUUAAAAAUUAAAUUAUUUUCAUGAUGUUUAUACUUAGUAUUAAAAAUAAUAACAUGUGUCUUAGAAUAAU